AUGCUAAGUUAGACUGUGCCUCUUUCAAGUGUUUUAGAAGUUCUUCCUUAGUAACGAGUAAAUGCCUUGUAACAGUAUGCAUUUGGUGAAAGUCCUCAAAAAACUAAAAGAAGCAACAAAACAUAAGAUAGAGUAUCUUUAUUUAAUGGAAGUGCUUCUAUAAUGAUGACAACUAUACAAUCGAAGGCAGAUACCUUACCUCCUAUUGAUUAAUACAGCAAAUAUAGAUAAAAUACUCAGGCAAGUAAUAGUAAAUCACCAUAAGCAAAAAAUAAAAAAUACAAUUAUGGAGGAGGAGGAGAUUUUUUUACUUAAAAAAUAUCUAAAAAAUAACCUUCUCUACACACAUAAUAAUCUAAUUCAACUUAUAAUCAAUUAAGAUCUUCUUCUCUAACCAACAGAUUCAAUAAAACGCCAAGCAGACUUUUCAACAUUAAUUAAAAUUUAGAUAUUGAUGAAAAUAACAAAAUAGGACAAGGAAAUUUUGGUGUUGUAUUUAAGGCUGAAUUUAAAGAUACAAAAGAAGAGGUUGCCGUUAAAAGAGUUCUUUAAGAUAAAAAUUUUAAGAAUAGGGAGCUACAAAUAAUGUAGGAAGUAGCUCAUCACCCCAAUAUAGUUCAACUAAAAUACAGUUUUUAUUCUUUUGGAGAAGAGGAAGAUGAUGUUUAUUUAAACUUAAUCAUGGAAUACGUUCCAUCCAAUUUAACAAAGAUGAUCAAAUACUACCACAGAAAAAAAUUAAAAUAAUUUGAAUAGAGAGAAUAGUUUCCUAAUAUUUUGAUAAAAUUAUAUCUUUAUUAAGCUUUUAGAGCUCUUGCCUAUUUGAAUGGAUUGAAUAUAGCUCAUAGAGAUAUUAAACCAUCAAAUAUUUUAAUUAACCAUAGGACUCAUCAACUUAAAUUUUGCGAUUUUGGAUCAGCAAAAAAACUUUCAAGAGGUGAAUCUAACAUAUCUUAUAUUUGUAGCAGGUUUUAUAGAGCCCCUGAAUUGAUGUUGGGUGCUUCAAAUUAUACCACAAGUGUAGAUGUUUGGUCACUAGGUUGUGUAGUAGCAGAGAUGCUCUUAGGAGAACCCCUAUUUAAAGGAAAUUCCAGUUUAGACUAAUUAGUAGAAGUUAUGAAAGUACUCGGUGCACCUUCACCAGAAUAAAUUAGAGAAAUGAAUCCAGAACACAAGUUAUUGAAAUAUCCUCCAAUUAAUAAAAUGCCUUUAUCUAAAGUUUUUGAAAGUGUCUUAAUUAAUAGAGAUCUAUUAGAUUUGCUAGAAUAAAUGCUAGUCUAUGAACCAUCUAAAAGGAUUAAGCCUUUAAAAGCUUUAUUACAUCCCUAUUUUAAUGAAUUAAGAAUAGAGCAUUGCCGGAUAAAUGGAAAGAGACUUCCACCUUUAUUCGACUUUUUAGAAGAGGAAUUAUCAGAGUCGUAGGAUAAACAAUUGACUUUUUAGUUAUUGACCCCUAAGUGGUAUUAGCUUUUAAAGUAAGCAGGAGAAGACAAAAAUCAUUUCAAUUAAGAAUACUGA